AUAUUUUCAUUUAACGGAUACAUUUCUCUUUAGUCGGAUCAAUCUUCAUACAUUAUAUAUCUUCAAUAGUGAAUGGAUGGUGCAAAACGUUGACGCAAAAUAUUUUUUUUCUUUUCUCGUGAUAUCGUUAAUCAUAAGAAAAUAUUAUAUUAUGUGUAUAUUAGGAUUUUUUAAAUUAAAACAGAAGUAUCUUUUUAAAUUGAAACGUUUUCUAACGCACAGCAUCCGCGAUACCAGUACUCUAAAAGGAAGAGUUAUAGCGAUAAGACGAGAAGAUCAAUCAGUAUGGGAAAGACGAGCACCAUUGGCACCAUCGAACGUUCGCCGAUUAGUCAGAGCAGGUGUAAAAGUGAUAGUCCAACCUAGUAAUAGAAGAGCUUAUCCGGUUCAAAGUUAUCAGGCAGCGGGUGCCCUCAUACAAGAAGACAUCAGUUCUGCAUCCGUCAUUUUUGGGGUCAAGCAAGUACCGAUCGAUCAUUUGAUACCUAAUAAAACGUAUUGCUUCUUUUCUCACACGAUAAAGGCACAAGAAAAUAAUAUGCCGUUGUUAGAUGCAAUUUUGGAAAAAAAUAUACGUUUAUUGGAUUACGAAAAAUUAACUGAUCAAAAUGGACAAAGAGUCGUGGCGUUUGGCAAAUACGCUGGUGUUGCUGGUAUGGUCAACAUAUUGCAUGGAUUAGGGCUUAGAUUACUUGCAUUGGGUCAUCAUACACCAUUUAUGCAUAUCGGACCAGCACAUAAUUAUAGAGAUUCGUCAAUGGCAAGACAAUCUAUAAGAGAUGCUGGAUAUGAAAUAGCAUUGGGCGCUAUGCCGAAAUCUAUUGGACCUUUGACCUUUGUUUUUACGGGUAGUGGAAACGUAAGUCAAGGGGGCCAAGAAGUAUUACAAGAACUUCCUCACGAAUAUGUACCACCGGAAAUGCUUAGAAAAGUAGCGGAGCAUGGAGAUACCACAAAAAUUUAUGCCUGUGAAGUAAGACGGAGGCAUCAUUUGGAAAGAAAAGAUGGCGGUGGCUUUGAUUCAAACGAAUACGAUAAACAUUCAGAUAGAUAUAUAUCUACGUUUAGCAAAAAGAUAGCACCUUAUACUUCGGUUAUAAUAAAUGGUAUUUAUUGGGCAGUUGAUUCGCCAAAAUUAUUGACCAUACCAGAUGCAAAGUAUUUGUUAAGACCUGCCAAUACACCUUGGUUACCUAUCAGCGUUGGUGCACCAGCUUUGCCUCAUCGAAUGUUAGCAAUUUGUGAUAUUUCAGCUGAUCCCGGUGGUAGUAUAGAAUUCAUGAAUGAAUGUACAACGAUUGAUACACCAUUUUGUCUUUAUGACGCUGAUCGUAACAAAGACACGAAAUCGUUCAAAGGUCCAGGAGUCUUAGUAUGUUCGAUUGAUAACAUGCCAACGCAACUUCCCAAAGAAUCUACGGACUUUUUCGGUAAUCUUUUGUAUCCGUAUGCCCUUGAAGUCAUAAUGUCGGACGCCAAGAAACCAUUGGAGGAACAUAAUUUUAGCCCAGUCGUCAAUGACGCCAUAAUUGCAUCGAAUGGAAAAUUAACACCAAAUUUUGAGUAUAUCCAAGAACUUCGACAAUUGAAUCAUCGAAGUAGACAUAAAGCUGAUAACGGGGAUAAACAAAAUAAAACGGUUGUCAUAUUAGGGGCUGGACAUGUUUCAGCACCAGUCGUCGAAUAUCUUCAUAGAGAUAACAGUAUCAAAAUCGUUGUAGUAUCUCAAUUGAAAGAUGAGGCUGAUGCAUUGGCCAAUCGAUUUCCUGGUGUUGAACCUAUGUUCUUAAAUGUUCUUGAGAGACCAGACAUCUUGGAGGAUAUUAUUGGAUCUGCACACGUUGUUGUAUCUUUAUUACCCUAUUCGUUGCAUCAUGUUAUUGCUAAAACUUGCAUCGAGACUAAAACCCACUUAGUAACAGCUAGUUAUAUGAAUGAUCAUGUCAAGGAGCUUCACGAAGAAGCCGUUGCUGCAGGUAUUACAGUUUUGAACGAAAUAGGUCUCGAUCCUGGUAUAGAUCAUUUGUUAGCUUUGGAAUGUUUCGAUGACGUACGAAAAGCUGGCGGAAAGAUAGAAUCAUUUGUCUCAUGGUGUGGCGGUUUACCCGCACCUGAAUGCUCUUUUAAUCCUUUAAGAUACAAAUUCAGCUGGUCGCCUAAAGGUGCUUUGUUAAAUACAUUGGCACCAGCUAAGUAUCAUAGAGAUGGCCAGGAAGUAGAAAUAUCAGGUGGCGGUGAUUUAAUGUCCGCUGUACAAUCUCUAGACUUUCUUCCUGGAUUUGCAUUAGAGGGAUUUCCUAAUCGAGAUAGUACUAUAUAUCGUGAACUUUAUGGAAUUCAGAAUGCUAGCACUGUAUUACGUGGUACUUUAAGAUUCAAAGGAUUUUCUGAUACAAUACAGGCAUUGCAAUAUCUUGGACUUAUCGAUCCUAAUCCUCAUCCUAUUCUUCAUCCAAAUGGACCAGAUAUUACAUGGAGAGUAUUAAUAUGCAAUUUACUUGGAUUGGCUAACGACAAAAUCUUCUUUGAAAAUCUCAAACGAAAAAUUGCGGAAAGAGUAAAUUCGGAGGAACGUGUACAAGCUAUCGAGGAUUUGGGAUUAUUAGAAGAAAAUUUGGUAUUAAAAUUGAAUACGCCUUUGGACACAUUGACUUAUUAUCUUUCGAAGAAACUUUAUUACGAAAAGAACGAACGAGAUCUUGUUAUUUUGAGACACGACAUUGGUGUAUUAUGGCCUGACAAUAAAAGAGAAGCUAAAGGAAUUAAUUUGGUAUUAUAUGGCGAUGCAAAAGGACAUUCUGCUAUGGCUCGUACCGUUGGAUAUCCCGCUGCUAUUGCCGUUAAAAUGAUUUUAGACGGUGAGAUUCAACAAAGAGGUAUGUUAUUACCAUUUACUCCGGAUAUUUAUCGACCGAUACUUCAUCGUCUUAAAGCGGAAGGUGUGGAGUCCUUUGAAACUUCCAGAUGGUUGUAAAAUAUUUUUGUUAUUAUUGUUGUUUGUUUUUAUUUCUUUUUUUUUUUUUUUUUUUUUUUU